CCAAAUAUCAAAUUUCAAAAACCAAUAUCCAAAUAAAAGAACGCAAUAAGAAACUAAUGUCGAUAACUAAAAGAUAACUUUUAAACGCUUAUAAUUAGUGAAUGGUAUUUAGUUUCGAUAAAGAUGAUAACUAAUAAUUUUACGCAUGGAUUACUUUUAAUUAAAGAAUGUGAAACAAUCUUUGGAGAGCCAAUUUCAUAUAAAUAACGAAAAUAUUUGGAAAUAGCAACACUUGCAGUCGUGUGCAUUGUUGGAGCGGUUGUGGUCCAAGGAGAGUUCGACAAAAAGGAAGCUAUUGCCAAAUUUAUGACCAAAGCUAAUGAAUGUAAAACUGAAGUCGGUGCAACAGAUGCCGACAUGGAAGAAAUGCAUCAAUGGAAAUCAUCCUCAACUAUGGAAGGAAAAUGUCUACGAGCAUGUCUAAUGAAAAAGUACCAAGUGAUGGAUGAUUCGGGUAAAUUUGUUGCCGAUGUUGCCAUGAAACAUGCCGAAAAAGCAACUGAUGGUGCAGCUGAUAAAAUGAAAGUGGCCGCAGAGAUCGUCAACGCUUGCGCUGGAAUCGAAGUCUCAUCGGAACUUUGCCAAGCAGCUGAAGAUUAUGACAAAUGUUUCAUACAACAGGCUAAGGAUCAUGGCAUCGAUGAAAAUUAUUUAUUCUAAAUGUUGCUACGAUAAAGUACCAUUUAUUCGAUGAAUUUCUGGAAAUGAAAAAUUUAAUUUUUAUAAAGUAUUUUGUGACACCUUAAAAUUU